CUCACUUGCAGUUCUCAAUGGAGAGUGGACGCACAGAUUCACAAUGAAAACCAGCCCCCGACGGCCACUGAUUCUCAAGAGACGGAAGGUGCCCCUUCCCGUUCAGAAUGCCUCAGGCGAAACGUCCAAGGAGGGUCCCAAGAGACCCCCAGCCCAGCAGGAGCCUAGCCAGGCCCAGGCCUCCACGAAGGCUACCGAGUCCAACUCUUGCAAGUUUCCCGCCGGGAUCAAGAUCAUCGACCACCCCACCAUGCCCAACACGCAAGUGGUGGCUAUCCCGAACAACGCCGACCUGAACAGCAUCAUCGCCGCGCUGACCGCCCGAGGGAAGGAAAGUGGCAGCUCGGGACCCAACAAGUUCAUCCUCAUCAGCUGUGGGGGCAGCUCGGCCCACCCCGGGCGCCCCCAGCCUCCCGCGCAGGCCAGCAGCGAUGCCCAGAGGACCGAGGUGCCUGCGGACACGCCGGGACCAAAGCCAGUGGCCAGGGAUGUGAAUGUUCCCAGGUCACCUGGGACCCUCCCGAGGCUGAAACAGGAGAGCUGUGCUGGUGGUGAGGCAGCUGGCUACGCACUGGAGAACAGCUUAACCAAUAUCCAGUGGCUUGGAAAGAUGAGUUCCGACGGCCUGGGCUCCUGCAACAUCAAGCAAGAGAUGCAGGAAAAGGAGAAUUGUCACCUGGAACAGAGCCAGGUGAAGGUUGAAGAGCCUACGGGCGCUCCACCGUCUUGGCGGGACUCCGUGGCCGAGCGGCCUCCCUAUUCUUACAUGGCCAUGAUCCAGUUUGCCAUCAACAGCACUGAGAGGAAGCGCAUGACCCUGAAGGACAUCUACACUUGGAUCGAGGACCACUUCCCCUACUUUAAGCACAUCGCCAAGCCAGGAUGGAAGAAUUCUAUUCGCCACAACCUCUCCCUCCAUGACAUGUUUGUGCGGGAGACGUCCGCCAACGGCAAGGUUUCCUUCUGGACCAUCCACCCCAGCGCCAACCGCUGCCUGACGCUGGACCAGGUGUUCAAGCCACUGGACCCAGGGUCUCCACAAUCGCCCAGGCACUUGGAAUCACAACAGAAACGUCCCAAUCCCGAGCUCCGCAGGAAUGUGACCAUCAAAACUGAGCUCCCUCUGGGCACACGGCGGAAGAUGAAACCCCUCCUCCCGCGGGUCAGCUCUUACCUGGUGCCCAUCCAGUUCCCAGUGAGCCAGUCCCUGGUGCUGCAGCCCUCAGUGAAGGUGCCACUGCCCCUGGCCGCUUCCCUCAUGAGCUCAGAGCUCGUGCGACACAGCAAACGAGUCCGCAUUGCCCCCAAGGUGCUCUUGGCAGACGAAGGCGUAGCCCCGCUGCCCGCCGCGGGACCCCUGAAGGAGGAGAAAGCGCCGCUCGGGGAAGGACCACCGCUGCCUCUGCUGCCCGCGCCGCUGCCACCGCCGGGCAUCAAGGAGGAAGCGCUGCAGCCGUGGGAGGACGCGGCGCCCCUGGCGCGAGCCAUCAAGGCCGAGAGCCCUCCGUUGGCAGAGUGGCCCUCGCCGUGCCCGUCCCUGAAGGAGGACUGCCCCCGGUCGUGGGGGGCAUCGCCGUGCUCUCCCACGCCGGGGCCCGGCCAGGACCCCGGCCAGGACCCCGGCGGCCUCAAGUCGCCGGCGCGGCGCGUCUCGGAGAUGCUGGCGAUCCAGCGGCGCGAGCGGCGGGAGAUGAGCCGCUCGCGCCGCAAGCAGCACCUGCGGGCACCGCGCGGGGACGAGCCCGAGCUGGUCUUCGCCGAGCCCCCCGAGCCCCAGCCUGCAGACGGGGGGCCCUUCCAGACCCCCGUCAAAGAGACACUGCCCAUCUCCUCCACGCCCAGCAAGUCCGCCCCGCUGCCCAGCACCCCCGAGGCCUGGAGGCUCGCGUCCCCGGCCGCCAAAGUCGGGGAGCUGGAGGUCAGCCCCGUGCGAACUCCCCGGGGGACCUGCGGACCCCCGCCCGACUCCCUGGGGCUGGUGGAGCUGAGCUGCACCCCGCCGAAGAGCCUGCCCCUCUUCGGCUCGCCCCGAGAGCUCCUGGACGCCCAGCCCCUGGAGCUGACCCCCGACCCCUUCGGCAGCCCUGCGCCCCCGCAUCCGGACGUCCCCAGGCCGGCCUCCCCGGAGCCACAGGUCCCCAACCUCGCGGCCAGCCGCUCGCUCACCGAAGGCCUGGUCCUGGACACCAUGAAUGACAGCCUCAGCAAGAUCCUGCUGGACAUCAGCUUCCCCGGCCUGGACGAGGACCCGCUGGGCGCGGACAAUAUCAACUGGUCUCAGUUCAUUCCCGAGCUGCGCUAGGAGCGAGGCCUGGCCCCUGGCCCUGGCUGCCCCGAGGUGCUGGCCAUCCCACUGACCCCCACGAGGGACAAGAGCGCGCACAGCAUCCUCGCCCGCUUAAUGCCAGGGCAGCUGUCAACCCCCGAGCCACUGCUGGGACCCUCUCAAAGCAGCGGGGUCUCCCUUUACUGGCUUCUGGGCUACCUGUGAGCCGCCCACCCCACCACCCACCACCCAACCCCGAGAAAUUCUAUUCUUACACGCUUCCCAGCUGGGAACCAAAAGCUAGGGUUGGCAAGCAGUGGUAAGAAGGGAUUAGAAAGCGCCCAGCAGUCUCACCUCUGCCCCCUGGCAGGGCGGUCCUGGUAAGCGGUGUAAAUUCUCCAGAUGACUCUCUUCAUUACAGACAUAAGCUCGUUUCCUUCGAUCAUUGCCAAGACAAUGCCAGGGGUGGGCAGGACGGCCGGGGGUUCCACUUUGCCUCUGUUCACUGCCCUGGGCUCCCAGCUGGGGUAGUGGGUGGGGGGGCGCUGCAGACGGUUUUCUCCACUGCAGGGGUGCCUGGCA